ACCAAAGGGGAAACAGUUGCAUAUGAAAUGUACUGCAACAAGGAACACAGCAGAGAACUUAAUGAAGUAGCAAAACGCCUUCUGAAUUUCGAGUCAUAUUAACCAUGGCAACAAACUUAGCCUCUCCAUCUUCUAUAACAAAUCAAACUUGUGAUUUAUAUGAACAUGAAGAUUCAGCAAGGAUUUUAUUGCCUACCGUCUACAGUGUUAUUUUCAUAAUUGGAGUACUUGGAAAUGGACUUGCUCUCGCUGUGAUUGUAAAAAAUAGGAAAAAAAUGAAUUCGACCACUAUUUACUCAACAAAUCUUGUUGUGUCAGACAUUCUUUUUACAACAGCUUUACCUACAAGAAUAGCAUACUAUGCACUGGGUUUUCACUGGCCGUUUGGAGAGGUACUCUGUAAAAUUACAGCCCUAUUCUUUUAUAUCAACAUUUAUGCAGCUGUGAAUUUUAUGACAUGCUUGAGUAUCGACAGAUUUGUAGCUGUGGUUCAUCCUUUAAAAACCAAGUUCAGAACAGUUAAAAGUGCCACAUACAUUUUUUGCUUUGUGUGGUUUCUUGUACUUGCCCAAACUCUCCCAUUACUUACACUACCCAUGUCACGUAAAGAAGAAAAAAGGACCACGUGCAUGGAAUAUCCAAACUUUGAACAAAUUAAACAACUCCCUCUGAUGCUUCUAGGUGCCUGUUUACUUGGAUAUGUGGUUCCUCUUGGAAUUACAAUAAUCUGUUAUUCAAAAAUCAGUUACAAACUCUGUCAAACUGCAAAACAAAACCCACUAGCAGAAAAAUCAGGAACAAACAAAAAGGCAAUUAAUAUAAUUAUCUUCAUCAUUGUUGUAUUUGUAAUCUGUCUUACUCCCUAUCAUCUUGCCAUUAUUAUAUACAUGAUUAAGAAGCUUGUACAAGGAAAUAUUUUAUGCAGCCAUCAAAAGAUCUUUCAAAAAUCUCUCCACUAUACUGUGCUCCUGAUGAACUUAAAUUGCUGCAUGGAUCCUUUCAUCUAUUUCUUUGCUUGCAGAGGAUACAAAAGGACAAUAAUGAAAAUACUGAGGCGUCAAGGAAGCAUUUCAGAAUCAAGUGCUGCCAGAACUGUUCCUGAUGAAAGCUCCCGGGAUGUUGGCGACACACAACUAGCUCCCCUUUCAGCAUCUUUAAAUGGAAAAAGCCUCCGCACAAGCCAUGGAGAACCCAGAAGGAACUGAUAUGGCUGCCGAUUCUCCUACAUUUCUAGUCACCUUCAUACAAGCAAAGUUGUUCCUUGUGGGAAGCUUGCAGGGAGAAAGUCAAUGAGGAAAUGGUCCAGUCCUUCUGCACUCAUACUGAACCAACUAUUUGUGCACUCCCUUGCUCCUUCCCCCACCCGGCAGAAGCCAUUUACCUGCUGGUAGGGCAGGGCAGGUCAAGGAAAGGAAGAUUUCCAAUACUGACUACCAAUUUCUCACAAGGAAACUCAAUGGGGAAGAUAACAGGAAAUUGGAAGUCACUCCCAGUUCCACUGAUUUUUUCUAAUUUUUUAUUCACCCUAUUGUUAUUCUGUUUCUCUGCUUAGGUAAAGAAAUAUGUCUGAAAUGAUGACCAAAUGUAUAAUGGGUUGUAUAGUUGUAAUUAAUAUUAUAUUUAACAUCUGUCCAUAAAUACAAGUUACUAUGAUAUGAAGAAGUAGUUGGUUUAAUAACCCAUUAACUUUCCUGUUAAGCUGCUCAGAGGAAAAAUAUUUGAUGGCACAGUAAAAAUUUGCUGGUAUGUUUCAUGAAGGGAGUGUUUACUCUCAUGUAAUAAACAUUUGUCGAUUGUACCUAAAAUUAGUUGCUCAACAACGAAAAUAGGACAGUUGUCUUUGCAGGUGUAGCCCUGCAGCAGGAAAUAAAGGAACAGAAAUCAAUGGA